AAGUAGGAGAGCACACAUUGGGAGGCUCAACCGCCAUUUCCCUCUCGGCUCUCUAAGAGGGUGGGCAGAUCUGGAUUCUAAGCCAUUUCACAGCAAACACGCGUCUCUAACCACCAGCAUUGGUUUAACUGGGGCUGCUUCCAAACCAGGUCCUCUCCUGCCUGCUACUUCCUUAAAAAGAAGCAAAACCGCCGAGGAUUUUGCUGUAGGACCCGAGGGAACCCCAGGCUUUGUCCCUUGAGAAUGGGGUUCUCCAAAGAAACCCAUGUAAAUCACUACAGAUCGUUGCCAUGGGGACAGCAUACACUCACAGGCAGCCAAAGGCAAGACUGAGGAUGGAUCAUGUGACCAGAUGGCUGCCAGUGGUCCCUGGCAGUUUGAGAGAGAAAAUCCAAAAGAUGGAGAGAGUGGAAGCAUCAAAAGAUAAAACACACAAGAGACACAGGAGAAGAGUUCUGGGGACCACAGGAGGAAGGGCAGAAAGGACAUCUGGCGAGCACGUGAAGGAAAGACAUCGCACUAGCACGUGGAGGAGAAGACAGCGGGAGGGGGGCUGGGGGAAGCACGCGGAGGAGAGGACAUGGGGCGAGCGCGUGGAGGAGAGGAUAUUGGGAGAGCAAGUGGAGGAGAGGACAUGGGGCGAGCAGGUGGAGAAGAGACCAUUGGGUGAGCAUGUUGAAAGAACAUGGGGCGAGCGCGUUGAAAGCAAGAAAGACAAGAGUAAGGCAGAAGGAGCGAGCAUGAGCGAGCUGUGCGCCAAGAGAAUGAGAAGGAUGGAGACCUGUUCCUAGCAAAACCAGGGGAAGGGGGGACCUAAUAAGAAGCAAUUAGAAGGAAAGUGAAAAGACUUAUUCUAGGAGUUUGGUGUUAAAAAGCAAAUGAAGUGGAAAUUUUGUAAGUGUUAAACUCUACCCAAAAACAGUAUGAGGGGAAAUUUUCACACAGUAUAACUUAAAACAAGUAAAAAAAAAA